AUGUUUUUCGUCUUUCUCUCUUUCUUUCUUUCUUUCUUUCUUUCUCGCAAGAUCAUCUAUUUAUCUUCCCUUUUCCUUACUUCUUUUCAUUUUUUCUUUUUUAUUUUCUUUUUCUUUUUCUCUUUUCUUCAUUCUUUCUUUCUCUUUACUAUGUAUACCCUUAUAAAUUUUUAUCUCUCCUUGUUUUCCCAUUUUCUUUUACCUAUCUUUCUUUGCCUACUUCUUCAUCGUCGCUUUCACCGUUUAUUUUUUGGUCUUUCAUUUUCUUUCUUUCUUUCUUUUUUUCUUUCUUUUUUUUUCUUUCUUUCUUUUUUUCUUUCUUUUUUCUUUCUUUCUUUUUUCUUUCUUUCUUUUUUCUUUCUUUUUUUCUUUCUUUCUUUAUUUUUUCUUUCUUUCUUUCUUUCUUUCUUUCUUUCUUGCUUUUUUCUUUCUUUAUUUAUUUCUUUCUUUUUUCUUUCUUUCUUUCUUUCUUUUUUUCUUUCUUUUUUCCUUCUUUCUUUCUUUCUUUCUUUUUUCUUUCUUUCUUUCUUUUUUUCUUUCUUUUUUCCUUCUUUCUUUUUUCUUUCUUUUUUCUUUCUUUCUUUCUUUCUUUUUUCUUUCUUUGUUUCUUUUUUCUUUCUGUCUUUCUUUCUUUUUUCUUUUUUUCUUUCUUUCUUUCUUUCUUUUUUUCUUUCUUUCUUUUUCUUUUUUUUUUUCUUUCUUUCUUUCUUUUUUCUUUCUUUCUUUCUUUCUUUUUUUUGUCCUUACUUUUUACCAUUCUCUCUCUAUCCCCAAUUUCUUGUUUUUAUUCGACUUUAUCUUCACUAUCGUUUUUUUUCUUUCUUUUUUGUUUUAUAUCUCUCGCUUUCAUUCAUUCUUUCUUCUUUUUUUUUCUCCUCAGUUUUUAGCUUCAUUCUCACUUUCGCUCUUUCUUAUUCCCCCCCCGCUCUACAAUUUCUUCCUUUCGAUCUUUUUUUGGUGCAUUUCUCUUAG